UCGCUCCUCCAUUCAGAGUUUCAAACUCGCAACCAACUCACAGCGACAACGGGGAAAAAUUAAAGCCUUUCUCCGAGUCCCUAAACCCCAACAACAACAACAACUCCGGCUUCCUCUCUCCUCCUCCUCCUCCGGUCGCCGGCGGCGUGCAGCAGCCAUCUCCUUCACCGAGUUUAUACGAUGGAUGUCCGAAGGCGAUCGGCGAUGGAGCAGCCCACUAGGGGAGCUGGCGGCAGGCCGGUGAAAAUGAAAGUGAAGAUGGUCGAUCAAAACGACGCCGUUAAGGCCUCCGACGCGUUGCCGCUGCCUAUGUACCUGACAAAUGCGGUCUUCUUCACUCUCUUCUUCUCCGUCGUCUACUUCCUGCUCACUCGCUGGCGCGAGAAGAUCCGCACCUCCACUCCUCUCCACAUGGUCAAUCUGUCUGAGAUUGUAGCCAUCCUUGCCUUCGUAGCCUCCUUCAUCUACCUCCUCGGCUUCUUCGGCAUCGAUUUCGUCCAGUCCUUGAUUCUCCGGCCCAGUCAAGACGUUUGGGCCGCCGAGGAUGACGAGGAGGACAUUAUUCUCAAGGAGGAUGCCCGCAAAGUGCCUUGUGGCCAGGCCCUUGAUUGUUCAAUUCCCAAAAUUGCUCCAAUCGCUCCACUGAAACCUGCUCUUAAAGUUGCACAGAAGGUGUUUGAUAAAGAGGUGGUGAGCGAGACCACGCCGCCUACCGCAGAGGACGAAGAGAUCAUCAACGCUGUGGUGGCUGGAACCAUUCCCUCGUACUCACUCGAGACAAAGCUCGGCGAUUGCAAGAGGGCAGCUUCUGUCAGGCGUGAGGCUUUGCAGAGAGUUACAGGCAAGUCUCUUGAGGGUUUGCCAUUGGAUGGAUUCGAUUACGAGUCAAUUCUGGGUCAAUGCUGUGAGAUGCCAGUCGGAUAUGUCACCAUCCCUGUUGGAAUUGCUGGCCCUAUUAUGCUCGAUGGAAGAGAGUUCUCAAUCCCUAUGGCCACAACUGAAGGUUGCUUGGUGGCCAGUACCAACCGCGGUUGCAAAGCCAUCAACCUGUCCGGUGGAGCUGCCAGUGUGCUGUUGAAAGAUGGAAUGACCAGAGCACCUGUUGUCAGAUUCAACUCGGCUAAGAGAGCUGCUGAGUUGAAGUUCUUCAUGGAAGACCCUGAGAAUGCCGACACCAUAGCCACCCUUUUCAACAAAUCAAGCAGAUUUGGUAGACUUCAAUCAGUUAACUGUGCCGUUGCUGGGAAGAACCUGUACAUGAGGUUCUGCUGCAGCACUGGUGAUGCUAUGGGGAUGAACAUGGUGUCUAAAGGUGUUCAAAACGUUCUCGAUUUCCUCCAGAGUGACUUCCCUGACAUGGAUGUCAUUGGCAUUUCUGGUAACUACUGCUCAGACAAGAAGCCUGCUGCUGUCAACUGGAUCGAAGGCCGUGGCAAGUCGGUGGUCUGUGAGGCUGUGAUCAAGGGAGACAUAGUGACGAAGGUGUUGAAAACCAAGGUGGCGGCUUUGGUGGAGCUCAACAUGCUCAAGAACCUUACUGGUUCCGCCAUUGCUGGUGCUCUGGGUGGUUUCAAUGCACAUGCCAGUAACAUUGUUUCGGCCGUGUACCUUGCCACGGGUCAAGACCCUGCUCAGAACAUUGAGAGUUCUCACUGUAUCACCAUGAUGGAAGCCAUCAAUGAUGGCAAGGAUCUUCACGUCUCUGUCACCAUGCCGUCCAUUGAGGUUGGUACCGUAGGAGGAGGGACCCAACUUGCAUCCCAGUCAGCAUGUUUGAACUUGCUUGGAGUGAAGGGUGCUAACAGAGAGGCACCAGGAGCGAACGCAAGGCAAUUGGCCAGUGUUGUAGCUGCGUCGGUUCUUGCCGGAGAGCUUUCACUUAUGUCUGCUAUCGCUGCUGGUCAGCUCGUUAGGAGCCACAUGAAGUACAACCGAUCCAGCAAAGAUGUCUCAACAAUGGUUUCUGCUUAAGAGCUACAACACUCCAAAGUGCCUUUCAGGGUUCAAAUGCCUCCAGACUUGAAUCACUUGAUGGUGUAAGACAGUUCAACAAAAUAACGCUAUAUAAAUGGACUGUCAAUUUGGCAUGGAGAAAGAAGAUUGGAAAAUAAUGAACAGACAAUACAUAGCAGGGCUAGUCAAGAAAGAUUGUACUAUUUGUUCUUUCUUUGUUCAACUUCUUUCCUUUAUUUAUUUUUAUGUCGUGUAAGAGACUUUGGGCAAAAAUUCUGUAAAAUGUUGAUGAUGAUGAAAAAGGUUUAGUUUCACUUUUUACAAGUGCUAUA